CAGAUCACAAAUGGCAGAAAUGGUUGAAAAAUCAAAUUUCGGGUACGAAUCGGGUACCUAUCGAGUACCCGAUAACCGUGUUGGUUUUGCUGAAUUUCGGACACCUAUCGGAUGGUUGGUAAUAUAA